AUGCUGCACCUCCACUCUCUCUUUUCAGCGCUUACGCUGGCGAGCCCUGCGCUCGCUGCUUCAAUCCCUCGCAGCAGCUCAGUGCCCUACUCUUCAACAACCACAAUCUGGGCGACCCCCCACGAGCAAUACUCCUCCUCCGUCGGCGUCCUGGGCUGCAAGAUCAACACCAACCGCGCCGCCUACUGGCCCGAGCCCGUCAACUGCAACAACAUCUGCGUGUCCGUUUCGUACCAGGACCGCCAGGUCUACCUCCUCCGCGUCGACCAAUCACAGGGCGCGCACGACAUGAGCUACGAUGCCUGGAAUUACCUCGUUACCGGCUACUCGGCCACGAAAAAGCCCGUUGCGGGAGGCCCCAUGGAGAUGACUGCAGAAAACGUCGACAUGUCUAACUGCGCCGACCUGAUCCACACAAAGGGCAGCAAGCUUCCCCUCAGCGCGGCAAAUAGCAUGAACUUUCUAUUCAGCUGUCUGCAGCAGGAGAGUUCGUGGGUUGCGGGCAACUACGUUUUAUACAAUAUCAUGGACGCAAUAUGCACUGUUGGACAAGACCAGACCUGUACCUUGGACCCGCCCAACAACCAGCCAACCUGUCCGGGCACCCUAGGCUUGCCCGACAAACUCACAAACGAUCCCGUCUGGAACAUCCAGUAUCCUUCCGGCGACAAGGUCCUUGCCGGAGCACCGCCCACUGUACCAACUGGAGUACCUGUUCCAGCACCGGCGCCUUCUGCCACCGGUGACGACGAGAGCGCUGCGCGGAGCCUAAGGUGUCGAGACUCUCUCAUCUGGAUGCCAGUCCUUUCAUCAAUUUCCGUUAUAUAUACGUGGAUGCUGUGGUAA